CUGAGGUUUAAAAUGGUGUUUACAAACAAAAUUGACUUACACAGAAAAAGAAAGCCACAGCAUGACCAUCCAACAAAAGAGAGAAGAACAAGAGACUCCAUUUACAAAAACAAUUGUCUUCAUAAAAAUGAAUUUCAGUCAACCAGGUAGGCUAUGAAGAGCAAGAACAUGAACAAUUCCAAUGCUGCAUCUUUCUCAGAGUUUGAAAUUGUUGGAUUUUUGGGUCUUCAGGAGUACAAGACACCUCUUUUCUUCGGAUUCCUCAUUUUGUUUUUACUAACACUUACUGCAAAUCUGAUGAUUCUGUUUUUCGUUGCAGUAGACCACAGGCUACACACACCCAUGUAUUUUUUCCUUUGGAAUUUAUCCCUGUUAGAUUUGCUGAUGACAACAGCAAUUAUACCAAAACUGCUAGCAGUUCUCUUAGAAAUGAAUAAAAAAAUUUCUUUUGGUGGAUGCUUUUUUCAAAUGUACUUCAUAAUUGCAGUUGGGGGAAGUGAACUGUUUUUGGUAGCUGCAAUGGCUUAUGACCGGUAUGUUGCUAUUGUGAAGCCUCUCCAGUACAAUGUGAUUAUAGACAUGAAAGUUUGUCUCUCAAUAGCAGCCACAGUGUGGAUAGUGGGAUUUCUCCUUCCAUUAGUCUCAAUAACCUGGGCAUCCUAUCUUCCAUUUUGUGGAUCUAAUAAAAUCCUGCACUGUUUUUGUGAUUAUUCAGCUGUAGUCGCCCUUACGUGUACUGAUGUGACUCUUCAUGCCAAUUUGGCUUUUUCACUAGCUAUGCUUGUUAUCUUCAUUCCAUUUCUUUUCGUGCUUUGGUCUUACUACAGAAUUAUAAUUUCAGUUGUACGACUUAAGACAACCGCUAGUCGAGCGAAGGCCUUCUCGAUGUGUUCCUCGCAUUUGCUUGUGGUGCUCCUGUAUUAUCUUUCUACUGCACUUUUUUAUAUAAUUUUCCGAACUGAAAGCAUUUCAUAUGAAGAAAGAAUUUUCAUUGGAGGUUUGAACUAUUUUUUCACUCCAAUGGUUAAUCCUUUAAUUUACACUUUAAGAAAUGAAAAGAUGAAGGAAGCUGCAAAAAAAUACCUUAAUAUUUUCACCCUGUUUCAGUAUGGAUUACAGUCAAGUACCUGA